AUCUCAUUCCAUCUGCUCAGCAUCACACCGGCCUGGACCGCACCACACACGAGCACACCGUCAACCGGAGAGAUGUAGCCAUGAACCAUCCACAGUAUAUCAGCUAAACGAAGUACCACCGACAUCUAGCUUAUUGUUUACUCCUUGGCUGUUAUCCGCAUCGCAGGGCGCCCAACCCUCAAAAUGGCUGAGAUGACCGAAAUCGGCGCGGCGUACGACAUGUCUCCAGUGCUGGCAGGGUUUAUCGGUGCUGGCGUGUUGGUCGUUGCAGUCUUUGCGUUAAUCUACCUGUGGACUUGCUGUCAGAAACAUUACAACAGGACCAACUACAAGCUCCAUGGCAUCCAGUCGGAACACAGCGAUCCUCUCACAGACCCUCCGUACAAAUUUAUCCACAUGCUGAAAGGGAUGAGCAUCUAUCCUGAUGCACUUACCAACAGCAAGAGAAUAAUUCGAGUGGCACGUGAAGCCAGAGCUCAAACCUCUGACCGAGUACAAGGCAGCAAGGGCCGCCCAGUGGUGCUGGUGAAUAUGGAUUCGGCAGCAGAAAGUGGCUUGCUUGGGGAAAAGCAGAUGAGGCUUGAGGAAAGUGGGCAUGAGGUUUCCAGGCUGGAGAGGGAGCUUCCGGUGCGAGCCGAUUACUGCUGCUUGGAUAGCAGCUCCGCAAGCAGCAGUCAGACGUCCAGCACUACGGUUUCCAGCACUGCUACACCCUUCACCCCUGCCGAUGAACCCAGCCGGGGAGACCUCAGCAUUGCAAUCGACUAUAACUUCCCCAAGAAGGCCUUGGUGGUCACCAUCCUGGAGGCUCGUGGUUUGCCGGCAGUGGAAGGUCAGACAGGCAGCGCCGACCCCUAUGUAAAGAUGACCAUUCUUCCGGAGAAGAAGCAUCGAGUGAAGACUCGAGUUUUGAGGAAGACUCUGGAGCCUGCGUUUGAUGAAACCUUCACGUUUUAUGGCGUACCGUACAGCUCCUUGUCAGAUCUCACGCUGCACUUCUUGGUGUUGAGCUUUGAUCGUUUUUCACGAGAUGAUGUGAUUGGUGAGGCUAUGGUUCCGCUGGCUGGCGUGGACCCGAGUACAGGACGGGUUCAUAUUACACAACAGAUCACAAAGAGAAACAUGCAGUGUGUGAGCCAUGGAGAGCUGCUGGUUUCUCUUUCCUAUCAGCCUGUUUCUCACAGACUCAGUGUGGUGGUGUUAAAAGCAAAACAUCUUCCAAAACUGGACAUCACUGGCUUGUCUGCAAAUCCUUACGUGAAGCUGAAUGUGUUCUACGGCCACAAGCGCAUUGCCAAGAAGAAAACGCAUGUGAAAAAAUGCACGCUCAACCCCGUCUUUAACGAAUCCUUCAUCUAUGACGUGCCAGCUGAGUUGCUCCCUGACAUCUCUAUUGAGUUCCUGGUCAUGGACUUUGACCGCACUACUAAAAACCAGGCUUUGGGACGCCUGGUGCUCGGCGCAGACAGCCCAUGCCCUUCAGGUGCUGCCCACUGGCAGGAAGUCUGUCAAAACCCACGACGCCAAAUAUCAAAGUGGCACACGCUCAAUUAACAUUAGAGCUUCACAUUAACACUCUCUCUCCACACACACACACUCAAAACACAGGCACACAGGAAACAUUUCUGAAUGAGAGAGAGAGAAAGAAUUCUGGGAAAAGAUGCCUUUGUUACCACCCACAACAUGGUAACUGAAAUUCAGGAGGAUUUGUAAAAAAA